AUGCAACCGUUGAAAUUGGCAAUUCUAAUACAAAAUGAAGGAAAUUAUUACUGGGACAUCAAGAUAAAGCAACUGCCCUGCUCUCAACUCAAAUAUUUUCAAGCACCUCCGCUUUGUGGUGAAGUGAGAAACGAUAUUUAUUCCACAUCGAGUUCCAAUUUUUUUAAUAAUUUCAAUGAUGUCCGUUGGCUGCAAGACAUACGUCAUUGGAAAAAUCAAAUUCCACAACACACCUGGUGGAGUUACCCAGAACCAAUAUUCAACACUUUUUAUUACAAAACAACUAAACGCCACCUUUUACAAGGAGCUGUGGUAGGAAGAAGAAUCGUUUCUGGAACCGACGCCUACCUCGGAGAGUUCCCAUGGGCCGUAGCUAUCGGGUUAGACAACAUGUUCUUCUGUGGUGGUGCUCUCAUCUCAGAGAAGUUUGUGGUGACCGCUGCACAUUGUUUGAUGACGCGUGACACACCAAUAGGAUCACUGAUAGUCCACCUGGGAGAUCACGAUUUGACAAAUGACAACGAGACGGAACAUGAACUUAGAACUGUUUCGAAGGUUCUCUUCCACUCGCAUUUCCAUCCCUUCCUGCUGGCUAAUGAUGUAGCACUCCUCCAGCUCAACGCACCCGUAGAGUUUACAGACACCAUUCAACCUAUAUGUCUUCCUGAGCCAGAAAACUCAUACACCGGAGAAAAAGGAACAGUCGUAGGAUGGGGUAUCACGUCCUUUCCAAUGGGCGAGCCGAGUCCAGUAUUACAGAAGUUAGAAGUGGAAACGUUGACCAACUUCCAAUGCUCUCGUUUGAUUGAAGAGCAUGUGACUGUGGGGAUGAUGUGUGCUUCUCCGACUCACAAGCAAGGGACAUGUUUUGGCGACAGCGGAGGACCUCUCACUAUCCAAGACAAGUCUGGGCGCCACAUUCUGGUUGGAGUGGUUAGCUUUGGAGUCACAGGCUGUGCAGUGAGGCCAGCUUUUCCAGAUCUGUACACGAGGAUAUCAGAAUAUAUGAAAUGGAUAGAUGUGAAUGCGCUAUAG